AUGGGUAAAAAUUUAUCUUCCUCACACAACGAGGGAUUCAAGUUCAUAAUAGACGAGAAAAGUAUCCUCGGCGAUGGCUGGUUGAGCAUGUAUCGCACUGGUGGCCCUGUGCAGUUCAAGAAGGAACAUUUCGAGAGAGCCAUGACUAAUUUGAUUAGAGAACCUAAUAUUAAUUCUACCGCCAUCCUGAGGGCAGAUAUUCUUAGUGAAGUGGAGUACGAUUUGAAUGGCGCUGAGGAUGAUGGUGAAGCAAAAAUUUUGGAGUCCAAGAUGCAAAAAUUGGAAAUCACUGAGGAUUUGGAGGCCAAUAUGAUUGCCAUUGAUGAUAUCAAGCCUAGAUUGGCGGAAUUCCAUGGUGAUAACAAUUUGGAUCUGCAAACAUCUUUUGAAUUUGUGAGAAGAAUAAUACCUAGAAAUCCAUCUAAGGAUGCCUUGAUUAAUCAGACGUGUCUUAUCUUAAAUAGCCCCAAGAAACACCCAGAGACUUCAUUGAUUAUUUAUACUCCUCAUAUCGAAGAAGAAGACGAUUAUCCAUUCUACAUACCUCGUGUGAAAUCAGUUGCUAUCCUAUUACAUGAAAAUGUCUUAUCAGUGCAUUAUUUGCCAUUCCCCAAUGAAGUGGAAAUAUUACACGAUGAAGCACAAAGGGUCGUAAGAACUGCAUAUAGAUUACUACAAACGGCUUCCAAACAUUCCAAGGGUGUUAUGCAAGGUUAUGAAAAGAGAGUGAAUCAUGAUCAAGUGGUUGAUAAGGUCAAAUUCCAAGAUACAUACAUAAUAUUAAAAAAGAAAUACUCCAAGUUUCUAGUAGAUAACUGGGCUGAAUCAACCGACCCAAAAAAACAUGUCUUUGAAGAUAUUGCCAUUGCCGCGUUCUUGCUUGAAUUAUGGAUUAAAAUAUAUGGUCCUGAUUUCAAAACAAAGAUGCAAUUCAGAGAUUUAGGUUGUGGUAACGGUGUCUUAUGUCAUAUCUUAAUAAGUGAAGGUGUCAAGGGUGUCGGUAUUGAUGCUAGACAUCGUAAAUCAUGGAGUAUAUUCCCUGCAGAGGUACGAGCUUGUUUGAAAGAACAAGUGAUCAUCCCAUCUGUAUUAUUACGUCCUCACCCAGAGGUAAAGAAGAGAGCUCCUCAUUUAGAGCAUAAUGGAAGGAUGUUCCCUGUGAAAGUGGCACAUGAAUUGAUUGCACCAGCUACUUUGGUAUACUCCAGUGCAGAUUUAUUAGCCUCACCACAAGUAAGCGUGGCAGAAUUUCCCUCUAACACAUUUAUCAUCGGGAACCAUUCAGAUGAAUUGACAUGUUGGAUCCCAUUAUUAGGAUAUCCGUUUAUGGUUAUUCCAUGUUGUUCGCAUAACUUGUCUGGUCAAAGGAUCCGAUUCCACCCUAGAAAGCAAUUAAAGGAAACACCUGUUAGUCAACAUAAUAAGAAGAAUGGUGAAAAGAACAACAGUGGUAAUAGUACAUAUGCCGGUUUAGUGGAUCAUGUGGAAUACAUUGCCACACGUGUUGGCUGGGAAGUUGAGAAGGAAAUGUUAAGAAUUCCAAGCACUCGAAAUGCAGCAAUUAUCGGGUAUAUUAACCCAAACUUGAAGAAUUUCCCCACACAAAGUGUUUACGACGCUAUAAUAGAGGAUAGUGGACCCGAUUCAUGGGUGGAAAAUACCAUGUCCUUGAUGAAGAGAAGUCCCAGAAACCAUUAG